AUGACUCCAGUGAGCAAUCAAGUGGAACCCCAGCAAGCCCAUGACGAAGCAAUCCACAACAAUGGAAUCGAUGAGAAGAUAACAGCAACGACGACAAUGGCACCAUUCGCACAAAAGUUGAGCAAAGGGUUUGGGCUUAUUCGACAAUUUGCACAGGAACGUAUGGGUACAGCAACGGAUGUAACCGAGUUACCACAAGCCUAUAAGGAUUUGGAAAAGAGGAUGGAUACGUUGCGACAAGCACAGAUGCAACUACUCAAAGUUUCUCGUAUCUAUGGACAACCAGCAUACGAUUGCCCAACGCAGCAUUUUGAUGAGUUAUCCUAUGCCCUUAAGGGUAUCGAUGGCAGCAGCGGCAGCCACAUGAAUUACGAACGACCCAAAAGUCUCCCGCAUGCAUUGGCACGUGUCGCAGCUCAGGGAUCAGAAAUGAUUAUCAGCAACAACAAUGACAGCUCCGGUGUUGAUGUUGAUCCAUUGGCAAAUGCAUUGCACCAAGUAGCAACCACCUAUGAAAAGAUUGGAGAUGCACGCAUCGAAAUGGACAAAAGCAUCACAUCUCAUUACCAUCAACCCAUGCUCGACAAGUUGCAAUCAACAUUCGAUCAGGCCAUCAAAGCUCGACGCCACGUGCAAUCCACUCGUUUAUCGCUUGAUGCUUGCCGGGCACAAUAUCGAUCUGCAUCAUCCGAUAGGAAGGAUACCAUGCGUAGGUAUUGUGAACAAGCCGAGGAGCAAUUCGUAUCAGCUGUAUUACAAGCAACCAAUCUCAUGAAAGAAGUACUAUUGGAUCCCGAACCAUUCAAAGGUUUAACAGAGCUGGUCAUUGCACAAGCUGCAUUUUACAAGGAGGCACACGAACGACUAUUGCAACUUGCACCUGAAUUGGAUGAAAUCCUUGUGCUGCAAGAAUCUCAAUAUCGAAAAACACGGGGUUAA